GCUCCAACCACCAACCACCAACCGCCCCCUCCACCUGUCGGCAUUCGCCCAAGUUUCCAUUCUCAGAUUCGCGCAAACUUUUCCCUAGUCUAGUCGGUAGUCUGUCCUGCCCCUGCACUAUCCUUGGAUCCUCAUCCACUCGUUCCAACUUUCCCGUAAACUGUAGGCAUUUCGGCGCCGGUGCACCCGUGUUCCCCCCCAACUGCGGCUGUGGGGAAGAAUCGUGGUGGCUGUCCGAUAUAAAGACGCUGGCCAUCCCCCUCCAUUUCAGCCUUCAUUUAUCACGCACCAUCCUCCUCCCUUUCCCAUACAUCCACUGUUCUAUUUCAGGAUUGAACCACGAGCCGUAUUCUUUCUAUUUUAAUUUACCAACUUCCUCAUCCAUCUCUCUCCCACACCAUCCACAAUGAAGUUCCUUGCCUCUCUUGCCCUGUUGGCGUCUACUGUGACUGCUGGCCCGGUGCUGUACCCCCGCCAGUCCAGCAACUCCACCCAAUCCUUCUACCUUAAGACCUCGGGCGCUACCAAUGACGACCACAACAACCUCUAUGUCUAUGCCUACCACACCGGUGCGGGAUUUAACGAUGCCGUGCUCACCUCGGACGUCGGAACGGCCAGCCCGGCCUUCCUGAACGGCACCCACACCCAGUUCGACCUGGGCACUUCUUUCCCCUGGGGAUUCAAGAUGGGCGUCCAGAACAACUAUGCAGCAUGGGAGUCCGUUCAGAUCAAUGUUGGAUACGGCGAUGAUGACUUCUCCAUUGGUUCUACCGGUCUGGAGUGGUCGGCACAGGAUGGCUUUGGAGGCUGGCUAGUGUGCGACUGGUACCACAACGCACCCCAGCUCUUCUACAUCUACCGCUAUGAGGAGCCCACUAUUCCGUCCUCCUGCAGCACUGUCGACCUGACGCCCGAAUACACUUCCUAAAGACACGACGUCUAGACCUCGCCACAGUGCCUUAAACAGGGGCUCUAUGACGAGUGUGGCGUGACUGAUGAAUCAUGAGACCGAAGGAUCUGGGAGGAUAUGCGCCUCUCCCAGCCUGAAAGAGAAUGCACACUGUAACAAUACGCCUGUUAAACGAUCGACCCUUACUAAUGUUAAUAUACUUAAUGAUGAGUGAGAAUGAGUUUUGAUGAUUGGGGAGGAAGGUGAUCUAUCUAUACGCGAAGCGUGGCAUGUUGCAUAGUCAGGAAUAUCUGGUUUAGAUAUAUUCUCACGUAAAUAUAUGCAUUUAUACUACUACUAUCUCUAAUC